GGAGUGAAACAGCACCAGCUGCCAUUCUGGCAUUACGUCAAUGGUGGAGGUCUUAUUCGUUGGUUGGGAGGAGUUGCCACUGACCGCCAUUGUUACAGCUCCUUCGUCGUAUUUCGGAACGUGAAAUUCGCGAUUUGUUCGCGUUUACCGUAGUGUGUAUCGUAGUCGAGAGGCCGUUCUGUACGGGUAUAUUUAUUUUCGAGCGCGAACCAUAGACGAUUAAUCAGCCAACGCGUUCUCGGCGUAGUAUGUCCACGAUGAAUCCCGAAUACGAUUAUCUGUUCAAAUUGCUUCUAAUUGGAGAUUCUGGUGUCGGGAAGUCGUGUCUCUUGCUACGUUUUGCUGAUGACACAUAUACAGAAAGUUACAUCAGCACCAUUGGUGUAGAUUUUAAGAUCCGAACCAUCGAUCUAGAUGGAAAGACGAUAAAACUACAAAUCUGGGAUACAGCGGGUCAAGAACGGUUCAGGACAAUCACGAGUUCUUAUUAUCGAGGUGCACAUGGUAUUAUUGUUGUUUAUGACUGCACAGAUCAGGAGACUUUUAACAACGUUAAACAGUGGUUGGAGGAAAUUGAUCGUUAUGCCUGUGAUAACGUCAAUAAACUAUUAGUUGGCAAUAAAUGUGAUUUGCACACUAAAAAAGUAGUUGACUACACGACAGCUAAGGAAUAUGCGGAUCAACUUGGUAUACCAUUCUUGGAAACGUCGGCGAAAAAUGCGAUGAAUGUAGAGCAAGCUUUUAUGACAAUGGCUGCUGAAAUAAAACUUAGAGUGGGCCCACCGUCGAGUGGAGCGAGUGAUCCAGCCAACAAGGUGAAAAUAGAGCAUGGGCGUCCAAUUGAAUCGUCUAAAUCUGGAUGCUGCUGAGAACUGCAAUCUUGUGUCUCAUUUAACCAAAAACAUCUAAUGGUUGCGGUCCAAGUACUGCAAAAUUAAUCUUAUUAUCUGGAAGCAUAAGAACAUACAUGGAAGUUUCAGUUUUCACCAACAAAAAAAAGAAAAGAAAAGAAAUAUUUAACACUCAUGGACCAUUAACUCUUUCUAAAGAGUUAUACAAAAGUCUCUUGUCCGCCUGCCCUUUUCUGUUUUUUUGUAACUUUCUUUCCAAAGAAGAAAAGAUGCAAUUAGUCAACGCCAUUUUCUAGUAUCGAGUUCGACUUUAGGUAAAUUCUGCGAAUUAGCAUCGAUAACGUCAAGCGCGAGUGUAGGCGUGCGUGUAACAAGGGGCAACUCGAGUCUUGAGAAGUAAAUUGAAUAAUAUUGUGUAUGGUGGUUAUAAAGAUAAGCACUUGAAUUUCUUUUUUUUAGCCUAAUUGUAAUAUGUACAAUGGAGUAUGCGUUUGGCCCUAUAUAAAAUGGAGCCGUUUCUAUUCCUCUAUACUAUAAUCCAAAACUAUUUUCUCAUUUUUCUUUUGUUCCACUCUCAAUUUCUCCCGCAGUACGCGCAGACUUUUAGGUCAGUUUUUUUUUUUCUUAGUGAGGAUUCUACGAGGCGAUGCGCCACCUUUUUUCUCACAGCUCAUUAGUGUAAUUUAAUAACAUAUUAAUAAAUAUUUCAUCACUAA